AGUUCGCGGGAGAAGGCAGUGGAUCAACUGGAAAGAGACUGACCGUGGUACUUUACGCCCAUGUAAGAUGUGCAAAAAGGAACUAGAUUUCUGGAUUUUCAUUUGAAUUCAUCAACAACCUAUUAAUACUCAUUUUUAUUACUGGAGUAUAACUUUUCAACGUCGAUCCUGUGAAAUUUGCGACGAAUUUGUCUUUUAACCUUGAUAUUUCAAGGCGUCUUCGUGCGUAAUUGGAUAAUUUUCUGAGCAACAAGGGUCUCGUUUUGGAGACAAGCAAAUAUGUUGCUUUCCAAAUUUGGCUCAUUUUCUCAAAUUUGCAGCACGUCUAGCAUGGAUUUACCGGUGAAAAUACAGCUUCAACAAGUGAAAGCAGAGAAGGAACCAUUCGAUAAGGUUUACCAUGUAGGAUCUGUGCUUGGAAGCGGUGGAUUUGGCACUGUAUACGCCGGCAAUCGAGUCUCCGAUGGUUUGCCGGUUGCUGUAAAGCACGUUGCCAAAGAAAGAGUCACGGAAUGGGGCACUCUGAACGGUGCGGUGGUCCCUCUUGAGAUCGUGUUAUUGAAAAAAGUGGGCACGACAUUCCGAGGCGUUAUCAAGCUUAUCGAUUGGUAUGAGCGACCCGAUGGCUAUUUAAUAAUCAUGGAACGACCUGAGAUGGUUAAGGAUUUGUUCGAUUAUAUCACCGAAAAGGGAGCCCUGGACGAAGACUCUGCGCGGGGAUUUUUCCGUCAGGUCUUGGAGGCAGUGCGGCAUUGCUAUAAUUGUGGUGUCGUACACAGAGACAUUAAAGAUGAAAACCUGCUCGUGGAUCUAAGAAGCGGAGAUCUGAAGCUCAUAGACUUUGGUUCAGGAGCAAUUCUCAAGGACACAGUCUACACAGACUUUGACGGCACCAGAGUGUACAGUCCCCCUGAGUGGAUCCGGUUCCACAGGUACCACGGGCGUUCUGCGACUGUGUGGUCCCUCGGUGUGCUCCUGUACGACAUGGUCUGUGGUGACAUCCCCUUCGAGCAGGAUGAGGAGAUCCUCAGGGGCCGUCUGCUCUUCAGGAGGAAAAUCUCUACUGAGUGUCAGCAGUUGAUUAAGUGGUGCCUUUGCCUGAGGCCCUCUGACAGACCUACACUGGAGCAGAUCUUCGACCACCCGUGGAUGCGAGUGACUGCUCAAGACUCCAAAACGGACGACGGCGAAAUCACACUGCACACCAUUGGGCCCGACUCCUCAUCGAGCACAAACUCUAGCAAGGAGAGUCUCUGAUUAGUUGACGGUCGUGAACACCGGCAUGGUUAUGGACAUAUGGACCCCCUCAGUGUCACUGUAGGUGUGGGUUGAAAAACACGUUUUUGUUUUUUGGAGGGAAGGGAGAGACUAUAAUUUAUGAUUUUUUUUUUUUCUCCCAACUCUAUAGUAGUUAUUUUGAGGAGGUAUUUUUUCAUUGGGAACUUAUUUGGGUGAUCUGGCUGGUGGUUUUUUAUUUUAAAGAAUUUUUGGGCUGGUUCAUGUUUUCUGUGACCCCCUUCUGUUCAAACCUCCUGGCAGCUCUUAUAGAGCUCUAACACUUCUAUUUCUGUCUUUAUUCAUUUGUUUGGAGUGCCUUGUUGAAAGCUGCUUUGGUGAGGCCCUAGUCCUAUUAACCUGUCCUGUUGUUAGAUGCUUGACAAAGGGGCUAACCAAUCAGGGGGAGCCCCCUUAUCACGGAGCCAAUCCCAAGGCAGCAUCAGGAUCAUGUGACACAGGAUCCCGCCCACUGAUGUGGUGGAAUACUUGAAACGCACAUUCAGCUCACACUACAUUCUCUCUGCUGCUCUCACUCGAAAUGCCUGCACAACUGUGUGGAAAAGGGGUUCCUCAUUUGUUUCUCUGAAUGUGUACUGAAAGCAUAGAAACCCUCUCCCUCUGAAUGGCUUACUAAAGGGUUAUGACAUCCUUGUGUUUCUGAACUUUUUUUUUUCUGUUGACAUCAGAGCCCCAGUACACAGGCUGGGACUUGGGGGUGAAAUGCACAAUCAAUGCAAUACUCAUGGUCUCAUUUGUAUUUUUAUUAUUCAUUUUUGAAUGUGUAUAUUUAUGUACAUUCUCCCAUGUAUAUUUAUUUGUACAAGACAUUCCACACUCUGUGGCUAUUUAUUUAUUUAUUUUAUAUAAACUGAAAGGAAAUCCCAGAAUUAGGAUUCUACCAUGAUGUUGUCCCCCCCUCUCCCCUUUUUUUGUUGCAUUCCUGCCAUUCUCAUUUGGAAAAACAGUAAACACUAAACUGGUUCUUGUCAAUAUGAACAAAUUAAUGUGUGCUUUAAUUUGAAAUCAAACUUACUCUUGCUAGUGGUUCAACUUACAGGCUGAGUACAAUAGAUAUGAUGUAGAGAAUUGUACAUUCAAAAGCUGAACUUAUCAAUUCGUAUCAGUUAUUUUAUCCCCCUAAUGUGGCUUAAAUGCGAGUGCUUACCUUUCUUUUACAAUUUUAAGUGUGAAAUCAUGAUGGGGAGACUAUUUUUCAUACCAAAAUUUCAAAUAAACCUUUUUGUAUAUAAAUGA